AUGUCGAACUCCGAACUUGCUUCCUCUUACGCGGCGCUCAUCCUCGCUGACGAUGGCAUUGAGAUCACCGCCGACAAGCUCCAGACCCUCAUCAAGGCCGCUGGCAUCGAGGAUGUUGAGCCCAUCUGGACCCAGCUCUUCGCCAAGGUACAUGCGCACCGCUUGCCUCCCUCUUCCCUCGCUUCUACGAGCGUCUGCCACCUCCGCUCUUGCGGGCAAGGACGUCAGGACCUCUUGACCAACGUCAGCGCUGGUGGUGCUGCUGCCCCCGCUGCUGGCGGUGCUGCUGCUGCCGCUGGUGGUGCCGCCGAGGAGGCCAAGGAGGAGGCCGAGGAAGAGAAGGAGGAGUCGGACGAGGACAUGGGAUUCGGCCUUUUCGACUAA